AUGACGGAGGAGCAGCAUCAGUCGUCGAGCUCGCUGGACUCGAGCGGCGCCUUCGACGCCGGCGCGGCCCAGGACUUCGCCGGCGAGGCCCGGGAGCACGUCGUCGUUCCCGGGGACACGCUCGCGGGCCUCUGCCUCAAGUACGCCGUCUCCGCGCGGGCGCUGCGGACGCUCAACAAGCUCGACGGCGACAACGUGCAGGGCGUCGCGGUGCUGGCCAUCCCGCCGUCGCCGGCCGGGCGGCCCGCGCCGGUGCAGGCGCAGACGCGCGACGUCGUCGCGCGGCGGCUGCGCGCGGCGACGCGGCUGCCCCUCGAGGACUGCGUCGCGCGCCUCGAGGCGCGCGACUGGGAUUUCGGCGCCUGCGUCGCGGCCCACGAGGCCGAGAACGACCCCUUCUCGCCCGCGGCGUUCCGCCCCGCGCCGCCGCCGCCGCCGCGCGCGGCGGCCGCGCGGCCGCCGGCCGUCGCGCUGUCGCCCGACGGCCGCGCGGCGCGCAAGGUCGUCGUGCACCUCGACCUGGCCCGGGGCCUCUACGACAUCGGCGUCCUCGCGUCCAUGGACGUCUACGUCGUCGCGCGCCUCCUCGCGCGGCGCCGCGGCCGCGUCGGCGACGGCGCGCCGCGCGUCGACCGGCUCUGCGCGGCGACGUCGGACCCGGCGCGCCGGAGCGGCGGCGGCGGUCCGAGCUGGCGCUGGUCGCCCGCGGCGCGCGGGUCGACGCUCGAGCUCGAGAUCCCCGCGGCGGCGCUCCGCGGCGCGGACCUCUGCGUCCAGUUCGAGCUGUUCGCGCCCAACGAGCUCCUGCCGGACUCGCCCCUGGGCGAGACGCAGCCCCUGCCCCUGAGCCGCUUCGCGGACGGCGCGCUGCACACGGUCAUGAUCGAGCCCCGCGGCGACCUCACGCUCAGCCUCGCGGCGCCGGACCACGUGCCCCGGGACGUCGUCCGCGCCGUCGCCGUCGGCGCGGGGCACGACGCGCCCGGCGCGCCGGGCCUCGCGACGAUCCCCCUCGUCGAGGCGCGCGCGGUCAACGUCGCCGGCGAGCGCGCCGCGCGCGCCGCGUCCUGCUGCAUGCGGUACCGCGGGUCCUGGCGGCGCUGGCCCUCGAUGCGCGCCUGGGCCGCGGCGGCGGCGCCGACGGCGGCGACGCCCGACGCGGCGCAGAAGUACAUGGCGAAGAGGUCCCACAUGGACUGGCGCUUGGCGAAGGACUUGCCGCCGGCGAAGGACGUCCAGAACGUGUCGCGCGUCUCCGCGACGGCGUACUCGCUCAGCACGCCGACGCCGCGCUUCGCGUCCGAGAGGCCCGCGGCCUCGGAUCGCGCGACGUCCGCCGACACCUUGAAGCCCGUCGCGAAGAUGACGAGGACGAGGCCCAGGGCCCAGGACCCCGUGAUCUUCGGGUGGUUCUUCGCCGUCGCCAGCGUCGCCUUGGCGAGCACGCCCACGGCCGUCGCCGCGGCCUCGCCGGGCUCCAUCGUCGCGAGCUGCUGCUGGUUCGGCAUGUUCGCGUUCGGCUGCUGGGCCAUGGUUGCGUGUGCGCCGCGCGCGCUCCCCGCCGGCGACGCCGCCGAGUUCGCCACGCUCGUCGCCGAGGCCCUCGAGCGGAAAGACCAGAUCGAGCUCUCCGUGAAGCGCGGCGCGGGCGACGCGCAGAUCGCGUCCCUGUCGGGCCGCGCCGUGGACAUCAAGAAGAAGCGCGUGCUCCAGCUCAACUACAAGCGGCGGGGCGCGUGCGACGUCGCGCGGAAUUUCGGCGCCGCGGCCGCGCGCGGCGCGCGCGGCGCCGCGGCCGGCGGCGCCGCGGCCGACGGCCUCGCGCCCAAGGGCGCCUCCGCCCGCCGCGCCGUCGCCCUGGCGCUCGCCGGCGCCUGCGACGAGGCCCGCGCGACGAUCCUCGCGGCGGACGCGACGACGACGCUCCGCCUCGGGCGCGCGGGCCUCGACGCGACGCGCGCGGCGGCGGCGGCGCGGCCGGCGGCGGCGGCGCCCCACGACCGCGCGAAGCGCCGCGCCAUCUCGCCGGCGGCGCCCUUCCUCGCGGCGCUGAACGUGACGAACGCGGCCGGCGGCGCGCGGCCCGGCCGCGAGCGGAAGCUCCGGCAGAUCUUCCGCUUCGCGGAGCUCCUGGACCACGCCGUGCGGCGGGCCGACGUCGGCGCCGCGCCGCGCGUCGUCGACAUGGGCUGCGGCAAGGGCUACCUCACCUUCGCCGCGCGCGAGCUCCUCGCGGGGAGGUUCGGGAGCGCGAGAGUCGAGGGCGUCGAGGCGCGACGGUCGCUCGUCGACGCGUCGAACCGCGCGGCGGCGUCCCUCGGCCACGGCGACUCCCUGACGUUUCGCGAGGGCUGGAUCGGGCCCCGCGGCGCCUUCGACGUCCUCCUCGCGCUCCACGCGUGCGACACGGCGACGGACGACGCGCUCCACGCGGCCGUCGUCGGCGGCGCGGCCGUCGUCCUCGCGGCGCCGUGCUGCCACAAGGAGCUCCGGCCCCAGCUCGACGCGCGCGUCGCGAAAAUCCGGGCGGGCGGCGGCGGCCCCGGGGACCUCGCGCUCGCGGCCGUCGCGGGGCGCUGUGCGGGGCACGGCGCGCUCGCGGACCGCCACGCGGAGGCGGUCACGGACGCGCUCCGCUGCCUCGCGCUCCGGCUCCACGGCUUCGACGACGCGCGCAUCAUCGAGUGGAUCUCCCUCGAGCACACGGCGAAGAACACGAUGAUCGUCGCGACGCGGGACCGGCGCGCGGCGCGCGACGGCGCCCGCGCGGACGACCUCCGCGCCGAGCUCCGCGCGCUCGCGGCGCACCACGGCGUCGCGACGCAGCGGCUCUGCGCGCUCCUCGGCGAGGACCUCGGCGGCGGCGCGCCGCCGGCCCCCGCGCGCGCCAAGGGGCGCAUGCCCGCGCUGGACCCCAAGGGCGCCCGUUGCCUGGCUUGGUGCCUCGGUCCCGACGCGGCCGCGGACGUCACGCAGGACAACAUCCGUGCACUUGAAGUCGACGCGUUGGAGCAGGACUCGCAGAUUGGGUGCCUCGCCGCGAGCGUCGCCUCAGCCACCGCAGCCAUGCCGACGAAGAAGGAGAAGAAGGCGAAGGCGCCCAAGGACGCCGCGGCCGCGGCGCUCGACGACUGGGGCGCGUCGAGCUCGGGCGGUAGCUCGAGCAAGAAGGGCGGCGGCAUGUCGACGGGCGCCAAGGUCGGCGCGGCGUGCGUCGCGGUCUUCGCGGCCCUCGUCUUCGCGACGUCCGGCGGGUCGGGCCCGCUGACGUACCUCGACGUCAGCGACGAGGCCAUGCUCCGCAAGGUCUUCUUCAGCGGCGAGGUCUGGGCCGUCGCGUGCUCGUCGUCCGACGACUCGCAGCCGCUGCCCGAGGCCAUCGAGGCCGUCGCGCACCGCCUCGGCGGCGAGAUGAGCUUCGGCGCCGUCGACUGCAAGACCAAGCUCCCCGGCAAGGCCUACAACAUGAUGCAGCGCUGGAAGCUCCGCAAGGAGGACAAGGCGACGCCCGUGCUCUUCAUCAGCAACGGCGUCCAGGUGACGCAGAUCGAGCCCCAGUACUUCAAGAGCGAGUACGACCUCGUGCGCGAGCUCCGCCUGCUGAGCAUGCGCCGGCCCUACAUGGCGAAGAACACGGAGCUCCUCCGCGAGAAGUGCUGGGGCAAGCCGCGGUGCCUCUUGAUCCUGCAGGGCGGGUCGCUCGAGGGCCACGUCGAGAAGGCGCUCCACGCCGUCGCGGGCCACCACAGCCAGGGGGGCAAGGGCCGCAAGGGCGCCUCCGCCGAGGACAAGAGCGCCGUCGCCUUCGUGGCCAUGGACGCGCAGGAGCACAAGCUGCCCUUCGAGGGCUUCGAGCUCGGCGACGACCUCAAGCUCCGCCGCUUCGAGGCGGGCUCCCACCGGGCCAUCUACUUCCGCAACGUCUCCGGCGCGCCGACGCUGCGCGCCCUCGCCCACAAGGGGCCCCUGACGACGGACGCGCUCGGCGCGUUCCUAUCGACGGUCUCGCUCGACUCCGACGACGCGCCCUACGCCAAGCUCGUGGACGUCGGCAAGCACAUGGACAAGUUCGGCAUCUACCGCCGGUCCAAGAAGCUCAAGCCCCCGAAGAAGACGAAGAUCUCCGGCGGCAAGGACUUCUCCGCCGACGCCGCGGCGGCCGCCGCCGCCGAGAAGCUCAAGAAGCCCGAGACGGCCGAGGAGCUCAAGAAGGCCUUCAAGGAGCAGCGCGAGCGCGAGGCGAAGAAGCGCGCGGCCAUGGACGAGGCCUCCGAGGACCUCUUCGAGGCCCUGAGCACGCUGGCGGUCCUGCGGGAGAUGGGCUACGACGCGCCGCGGGCGACGGCCGUGCUCCUCAAGGUUGGCGGCUCCCUGAACCGCGCCCUGUCGGCGCUGGCCGAGGCGCCGGCCCCGGCGUCCGGCGCCGCGAGCGCCGACGCGCCGUCGCCGCGGCCGAGCGCGAAGAAGGCGAAGAAGCGGUCGCCGAAGGCGUCGCCCGCGGCCGCGCGCGCGACGCCCGCGAAGGCGCCGCCGGCGGCCGCGGCGCGCGACGUCGCCGUCGGCGCGGAGCUGCGCGUGGCCAGGGAGCCCGCGACGCGCGGCGUCUGCCGGCGCGUCUUCGAGAAGGGCAACGGCCACGUCUACGUCGACCUCGCGACGACGGCGGGCGCCGUCGUCUCGCUGCGGCGCGCGCAGGUCGAGCCCGCGACGCUGACCGCCGCGGAGGCCGCGGCCUGCGCCGCGCCGGCCGCCGCGGGCGAGGCGGUCGCGGCGCCGGCCGGGGCCGCCGCUUCCGCGGACCCCGCCGAGGCCGCCGCCCCCGCGGACCCCGCCGGGGCCGCCGCCCCCGCGGACCCCGCCGAGGCGGCGCGGGAGUCGCUGCCGCCGAAGAAGCGGCGCCGCAAGGGCCCGCCGUCGCCGCGCGACGGCGGGUCGCCGUCCGCGCUCCGCGCGUUCGACGCGCUGCGCGAGCUCCACCCGGACUUCGACGGCACGCGCGCCUUCCCGCGGAACCGCACGAUCAUGCCCACGUUCAAGCUCUGGAACUGCGACAACCUGGAGAUUCCGAACGAGGCGCACGAGGCGUUCGAGCAGUUCGUCAUCUGCUGGCUCUUCAACGAGGUCGUGCCCCUCUACUGCCACGCGCCGAACCGGCGCGAGGCGACGGACGACGGGCCCGUGCCCGCCGCGCGCCGGCGGUCGCCGCCGCCGGGCCUCGAGAGGCUCCGGGUGUUGGAGCUCGGCGGCGGCAUCGGCGCCGUGAGCACGAUGAUCCAGCAGAUGAUCGAGAUGCUCGACCCGGGCGCGCCCCACGUCGUCUUCGAGCCCAACGGCGCCCUGGCCGACGGGCCCCUGGCGCACAACCGCGACCGCUACCGGUCCACGUUCGCCGUGCUCCGAGGCGUGCUCAGCGACAAGGACGCCGUGCCCUUCGGGUCCGGCGACGUCGACCCGAACCACCCGCGGGCCUGGAUGUGGGGCACGGUCAACGGCGGUGGCCGGAGCCGGGGCACGGUGCGGGGUUUUGGGUUAGACACCGUCGCCGCGCUCCUCGGCGGCGCGCCGACCGUGCUCGUCGCGGACUGCGAGGGCGGCCUCAUCCCCGCGUUGCGCGAGUUCCCCCAGCUGCUCGACUCCGUGAAAUGCGUCUACUACGAGCGCGACCCGCCGGGGGACUACGAGCCCAUGGAGGAGCUCCUGCGGGCCCGGGGCUUCGCGAACGUGCUCAAGGCGUCGCUGCACCGCGUCUGGGUCCACGAGGCGAGUUUGCCGCCGGGCGCGGGCGGCGCGCGCGGCCGCGCGGAGUCGCUCGCGUCCGCGGGCUCCGCGGCGUCGCCGCGGCCGGCGGCGGCGCCCGCCGACGCGGCGGCGGCGGCGCUCCGCGUCGCCGCGCACCGCGCGGACCUCGCCGUGUCGGCCGCGCGCGCGGCGGACCGCGUCCGCGACCUCGAGCGGUUGGUCGACGCGGGCGUGGACCUCGCGCGGCGCGCGGAGGCGACGGUGCCCCUGGACGGGCCGGGCCUCGCGGACGCGACGCGGCGCUACUUCCGCGACGCCUACGCGCCCGCGCUCGCGCGCGCGCGCGAGCUCUGGGACGUCGCGCGGCGCGCGGCGGACGCGGGAGCGCCGCUGCGGCCCCGGCGGCUCGCCAUCAACGCGCGCGUCGUCUGCAGCUGGCACGAGGACGACUGGCCCGACGGCGAGGUCGAGUGGUACCCGGGCCUCGUCUCCGAGGCCAAGGAGGACGGCACCUACGCGAUCCUCUUCGACGACGAGGACGAGCGCUACGGCGUCCCCCGCGACGAGCUCCGGCCCAUCUUCGUCGCGGGCUCCUUCGACUGGACCCACCCCUUCGUCCAGCCCGACGCCGCGGAGACGCAGUCCAGCGAGGUGUUGAGGCACGAGGCCCCCACGAAGAACUUCCUCUGUCCCCUGAGCGCGAACGAGUACGGCAUCGAGUUCCUGAGCUUCGUGAUCCAGGACUACGACAGUAAGCUGACGAUCUUCGAGGUGUCGCGGGACCGCCCCCUGCCCAUCGACUUCUCCAUGCACGACGCCAUGGACCCGGACAGCCUGCGGAAAAUCAACUACGAACUAUCGGAAGACUUUUUGCGGCUGCCCAACAUCUCGACGACGUUGGUCUUCAGCGUGGGCCAGGAGCCCCUGAGCGACUUCCGCAUGAUCGAGCGCCACUACUUUCGGGACCAGCUCAUCAACUUCUACUUCGUCGGCGACAAGCUCAUCAUGCACAACAAGGCCUUCUACAAGUACAUCCCCGAGGACAGCAACGCGCAGUGCAAGUCCUACGAGUCGAAGUACGCGUCCGCCAAGGGCGAGAAGGCGUCCGCCAAGGCCGAGUCCAAGGGCGCGGCCGGCGCCAAGGCCGAGGCCAAGGGCGCCAAGAGCAGCGGGGGCGCCGGGGCCAAGGCCCAGGCCAAGGGCGGCGGCGACGACGAGCUCUGCAACAUCAAUGCACCUGAGGAUCUGCUCUCGACGCACUCGUCGACGAUGUUGGGCAUGCACCGGUGCUGCCUCGGCCUCUGGGCCCUGGUCGCGACGGUGUCGCCGUUCGUCCUCGCCCCGGCGCGACGACGGCCGCGACCCUCGAUUGCCCGCCCGGCGCCCUGCGUCGUGAGCGGGCCCGUGCGGGCGCGCCUCGCGCGGCUCCUGGCCGCGCCGGCGGAGGCGCCGCCGCGCGCGCCCCCCCCGCCGCAGACCAACGGCGCGUCGGCGCCGCCGCCCGACGCGCCCGAGGCGCGGUCGCUGUCCGUCGUCGCGUCGAGCGUCAUGGCCCUCGGCGUGCUGCCCGGCGAGGAGCUCAAGCGCAUGCUCGACAACUUCUGCGCGAGCCUGCCGCCGGACGAGUUCAAGGCGCUGCUCCUCUCCAUCGGCGCGAACCUCGCCCCGCGCGUCCACAAGAACCUCGUGCUCCUCCUCGCGCCCGACGCCGUGAGCCGGCUUUUAGAUCGGACGGCGCUCGCGGGCUACGGCGACCUGGGGCGGAACGCGUCGCGCGCCGCGCUCGGCCGCGCGCUGCCGCGGCGCGUCGCCAAGACGCUCGUGAACCGCUGGCUGCGGGACGCCGACGCCGUGGAGCUCAAGCGCGUCGUGACGUCGGGCCUCGCGAAGCUCGGGCCCGGCCGGCUCGCGGAGCUCGCGCCGGUCUGUUUGGCCGCGAUCUUCGGCGAGCGGCCGCGGGUCGCUCCGCCGCCGCCCGCGGCGCCGCCCGCCGAGGAGCCCGUCGUGCUCCCGGCGACGGUCGCCGCCUGGGCCGCGCCGCGCCUCGCGCUCGCGCUCGGGCGGGACCGGCGCCGCGCGGCCUUGCUCCGCGCGAUCGCGGGCCUGAGCGACGGCGACGCGCGCGCCUUGCUCAACGACCUGAGCCUGUCCUGGGCGGGCGCGGGCCGCGGCGACCGCGACCGCCAGCUCGCGGACGUCGUCGACAUCGCGCUGAGCGACCCGUCGGAGCCGCGCAACGGCGAGCGCGCGCUCGCGCGGCGGUUGCCGACGGACGUCAAGAACGAUCUCGUGAAGUCGCUCGCGCCGUACCUCACGAACGACUUCCUCUUCCGCUCCUUCCCCGAGGCGCGGCGCGCCGCCGACGGCGCCCUGCGGCUCCUGGGCGUCGGCACGGCGCCGAACCUCGCGCCGACGACGGAGGGGCGCCUGCUGCAGGCGAGGGACGUCGCGAGGAUCGCGCGCGACCGCGACCUCGAGGCGCGCGUCAUGCGCGCGGCCGUCAAGGCGCUGUCGACGCCGCGCGACGUCUCCGUGCCCUUCGCGAAUAUUCCGAUAGUCAGCCGGCCAAGAGUGGGCGAGCGGAAGCCCGACGGCGACUUCCUCGUGCCCGCGACGGGCCCCGGGCCGACGGUCGAGACGGCCGACGCCGUCAAGACCGUCGCGGAGACGGCCGUGUCCGACGCCGUGGACACGCUGCCGCCGGCGCUCGUCGCGAAGCAGCUGCGGACGCUCGUGGCGCGGUUGCCCGCGGACUUCGUGCGCGCGGAGGCCGUGACGCUCCUGGGCACGCUGCCGGCGGACGAGCUCGUCGACGCGACCGUCGGCCUCGUCGACGCGGCGCCCGAGGGCGUGCUGCGGCGCCUCGCGGGCCGGCUGCUCGACUUGGCCGCGCAGAGUCGGCUCCGGGCGACGGGCGGCGAGCUCACGGGCGGUGUGGUGACGCUGCAGUCGCUCGCCGUCGCCGUGAACGCGUACGACGUCGGCCUCCUGCGGUCGACGGCGAAGACCCUGUUACGAGGCGCGCCGCCGAAGAACCUCGCGGCCAAGGUGAAGCAGAUCCUCGAGGCGACGCCCGGCGCGACGAUCCAGAACGCCGUGCUCCGGGCUUUGGACGCGGCCGCGGCGAAGGGCGCGGAGUACGACACGCUCCGGUCCAUGAUGGGCGCCGGGGCGCCGUCGAAGGUCGAGGCGGAGGCCGACGUGGACCAGAAGCCGGACCUCGCGGGGUCGCUGAAGCGCCUCUUCCUCGAGAAGCAGCAGGAUCUGAACGGGCUCCGCGGCGGGACGCGGGAGGACGAGUCCGAGGGCGAGGUCCCGCUGGAGGCCGUCCUCCUGGACGUCGUCAACGAGCUGAACCCGGAGCUGCUCAUCGCCCUCAGCCUGGACACGCUCGCGGCGCUCCCGCCCGAGGCCUACGAGUCGCUGAGCCGCCUGCUCGUCGUCGGCAUCUGGGACCGGCUCGUGCUCCAGCAGCUGCCCCCCGCGGUGUCCGAGGGCCUCAAGGAGGUCGUCGACACGGUGUCGGACACGGCGAACGCGUCGCUGCUCGUGUCCUACGUCGAGGCGGGCGCGGGCGGCGUCGUCGGCGGCGCCGCGGCCAAGGGGUCGCUCAACAUCCUGCUCGGCGGCAAGGCUGGCGCGGCGCUCGGCGGCACGACGCUCGGCGCCGCGGCCAAGGCCGGCGUCGCCGGCGCGGCGGCCUUCAAGGGGCUCGCGCUCACGUCCAUCUUCUACGCGGGCAAGCUCUUCCUCUUCAGCGACAGCCAGCCGGAGUCGCUGGACCAGGCCUGGGCGACGGCCGCGGAGGAGGCGUUCCUGUCGUCGUUCCUCCUCGUCGCCGCGACGCUCGGCGUCGCGGCCUACGACCGCCGCGACAAGGGCGACGACGCGUCGCGGUUCCGCGAGGCGGGCGACCGGAGCCGCGCGGCCCUGGCGGCGCUCCUGCUGGGGCCGGACUCGGACCCCUUCGCGGACCGCGACCUCGAAAAGGCGCUGAAAAAGGCCGCGAGGGACCCGCCGCGGCGCGGCGCCGCGGCCGUCUGCCGGAACCUGUUGUUGGACGAGUACCUCGACGCCGACGUCGCGGAGACCCUGCGGUGGAAGUUCGCGAACCCGGCGCCCCGCGCGCCGCCGCCGAAGCCGCCGCCGCCGAACGAGACCGAGGCCGCGUCGCCCUCGUUCCUCGCGAACCUCUUCUCCACCUUCAAGAAGGCGCCGAACGCGACGGCCGACGCGGCGGCGGAAGGCGCGGCGGAAGGCGGCGAUGCCGACGACGACGCCGACGACGACGCCGACGACGCCAACGACGCCGACGACGACGCGCUGGCGGAUUCGCCGGCGGGCGUCGCUACGCUCUACGACGCCCCGGGCGCCUCGUCCAUCUCCGCGCCGGACAACCCCAAAUUCUUGCAGGCGUCGAUGGCCGUCAUGGCGCGGCCGUCGGCGAGCACGUCGCUCCACUCCUCGCCGAAGAACUCCUUGAACGUCGCCUCGGGCACCGCGAGCUCCGCGGGCGGCGUGAUCGUCGCCUUCGACGCGAUGGCGUAG